AUGAGUACGCGUGUGUGUGGUGGUAGUGGUAGUAGUAUUACUGGUGGUUCUUGUCGCGAGAACUGUAAAAAAUUGGUGUUGAGCGUUUGGGGGUCCCCAAUAUGGCAUUUAACAGAAGACAUUCUUUAAAAGAGAGUUCCGACCAGAAGCCAGCCUUUCUUACUCGACUUCAUCGUAGACUCAGUCUACCAAGAAAAUAUGCCUCAAAGAAGAAACGGAAAACAUCAGAGGCUUCUCAUAAUUCUUUGGAUCAACCUUUCUUGGAUUCUCAUUUUGAAAAGUCUCAUCAGUUGUCAGAGAAUGAAAAAGUCUACUGCAAACUUUUGAACAGCCUAAUACAUCCUCUGGGAGCUUCUGAUACAAUCUUUGGUCUGCGACCUGGUGACUUGACAGAUUAUCUACGUACAACAUUUAGUAUUACACAAGAGGAUCACGAAUUGUUUAUAAAAGAUGAACUCAAGAAAAAGCCAACCAACCUUCUUUUAAAUGUAAUGAUUUCUGAAGCCACAAUUGAUGCCCCACACAAGAACUUUAGACUCAAGGUUCCAUUGGACUCACUUUGUGCUGUGAGGUUGGUGAAUGCAACAAAGACAAAAGCAUCACCAAAAACAUCUCCGAUUUCUUCCCCAAAGACAUCACCAAAGAUGAGAAGACAGAAAACAGAGCCAGACUUCCAUGGUCAGCCACAGAUUGUGAAAUCAAAUUCUGGUCUCAAAUGGAAUGAAAAAUUUGAACUGAUGAUUGACCAUGGAAGGGCCUCACCUCUUUGUUGGCUCAUGCUAAACAAGUCUUUUGUCAUUGAUGUAACCAAAGUCUUUGACAUAGAGGUCUCAAAUAUACUGACAGAAGAGUUACAUGUAAAUGUCUACCAACAGAGCAGUAGUUCAAAUCUUGAAGUUUUUGCUAAACAGCCUUUGGAAAAAAGCUUAAAUUUUAAGAGUAUAUUCAGUUUGUCUCGCCAGAAUGAAUCAGGGAAAGGACUUGAAAAUUUAGGGGCAGCCAUUAUACCACUAAAGGAAAUCUCACACAUUGGAGAAGAAAAAUGGUAUGACUUGAAUAUUUCUGGCAGACGCUUGACUAAAAGUAUGAAAACAAUUGGGAAGAUUUUCAUGAAAUUGAGUAUUUCUGUUAAACAGGACACUGAUAAUAUUGAGAAUUAUCUGAAAGCUACUCAUCUCCUGUUUAAUCGUGCAGUAAAGAUGCAGACACCUGCUGCCAACAGAAUUAACAAUCUCCUCUCACAGCACAGUCAACGUAUCCUGGACAUCUAUGCCACCUCACACCAAAUCUCAAAACUUUCGCAGGCAAUCGUCCAGCUGACAGUUCUUCUCGACCUGACUGAUAAGAAAACCGCAGUGACUGUCACUGACACAGCCCUGAAGAAGGCAAUAGAAUCGGUGCAGAUGACAUGGGUAACAAUGAAACCCCCUGUUGGCCAAAUCACUGAAGAAGUGGCUAACAAGAUGCCAUUAACUGACACAGAGAUUUCAAUGUUCCGAAAAGCAGCAACAGAAUAUAUAAAAUCGAUGAUGUGGAAUGUACGAAAUGAUUGCGUGUUUUUCCCACUUGAAGAUAAUUCUUUCAAAGAUCUCAAAUGCAAACUUGGGUAAGCCUAUGUAACCCAAAUAUCGCAUGUUCUGGACAAUUACUUGACCCACUCCUAUCUCUUUUCUUUCACUAUCCGUCCUCCAAACUGAAACCCCCCUACGUCAAUUUCAAUCCCCAUCAUCUCUAAUCAUCUAUCAUGCUCUUUUCACUCUACUGAACUCACCUACCCACUUACCUUUUCUGUUCUUCUAUCACUAACCCCUUUCUGUUUUUCCCCAUGUACCUUUACCUCGCAUCCCUCUUUGCAGAUGAGGUAGCCAUAUACCGUAAAUUCUUGAGUAUAGUCUGCCCUUGAGUAUAAUACGCAGGGGAUUUUCAGGGGGGCUGUACCUCUGAAAAACCUAAACCUUGUGUAUAAUACGCACACUUCUCUAACUUGAGUCAGGGAGGUCUAUAU